UCAUCGCAAUUAAACCCAUCAGUUUAACAGAUAGUAGACGAGAGAGUAGCCGUAGGUUUGCUUUCAUCUACAACGCUUUGUUAAUUAGGAUCAACUAUGGGAUUAAAAAUUGUGCCGUUUAUAUUGAUGGUGGUUCUAGCAUGUGGAGUUAUUGCUGACGAUAGACAGGUUUUGAACUGUGUGAAAGAAAAGUUUAAUGCAGGACUUCCGGAACAAUAUGCUCAAUGUCAACAAUCAUCUGAAUUUACUGAAGUUUCUCGAGUUAAACAGUGCUAUGGAAGAACAAUGGAAGCUGUUGGCGUGUAUGCAAAGGACAGUAGCAACAAGAUGAAAGUAGACCGAGAAAAGUUUGGCAAGUACGCUCGUGAAAAUAGCGGACCAGUUGCACACGCAAUGGGACAGUGCUACAACACCACAAGAGCUGACGAUGAGAUGUACAAGAAGCCUGCAAGAGUUAACCAGUGUGUCUUCCUCAAAGUGAAACAGACGUGCCAGAGAAGCAGAUAGAAGAGUUCGAAGAAUCUAAUUUGUAUUUUUAAAUUUUCGAAUGUAAUGUCAAAUGUUUAAUAUGUUUGAAAUGUUGUUUACUUUUUUUUAAAUUCAGAAUAAAUGUUUUUCAAUUUGAA